UCAAAAAUGUGACUAAUUUUGUAAAAAUAAAAUUUAUCGGUAAAAUUAAGACAAAAAAAAAAAGUUUCUUUUUAACUAAAGUUUUUAGCACAGUGUUGGUGAAGUGCAACAUAAUUCGGACAGUGAAGCUAAUCUAAAUAAAGACACACACAAAAGAUUAAAUUUUACAAUUUUUAUUUGAAAAAAACGACAACAAAUGUUUAUUUCGAUUACUUUCGUUUUCCAUUAUCGCACCAUCAUCUAAACUGUAAUCCAUACCCACCGACAAUACUCAGUUUUUUGUUGUUGCAAAGUCUUCUUCUUUCUUCACUAUAAUUAACAUCGUACGGAAAUUCGGACAUUAUGAGUAUAAUCGAUAGCGGUAGAUAUCGCCUGAGGAAAGAUUGGGCGAGUGUCUCGAUACCAUCAUUGGUUGAUAUCGAUGAACGUGCUGAUGAUGAUGUCGAUGAGACAGAUAAUGCGACUUUAAAUGUAACAUCACCGUUGCCACAAAAUGCUCAAAAACCACCCAGACGCAGUUCAUUGGCAUUAAGUUUAUUCUCCAAUAAAGCCGACAAAGCUCAGAAACGGCGAAGCUCGAUUGCUGUUACGUUUUUCAAACGGGACAACAGUAAGAAUUCUUCAAAAGAAUCAUACGAGUCGGCUGUAAAACAUGAGAAAAGUGACGGUUCGAAUGCAUCUAACAGUCCUGAGCUUGCAUUCAAUUCCGAUGAGAAUAUACGAUCGUCAUCACCUAAUGAACCGGAAAAAAUGAUGUAUUUCGAUGAUGGCACUAAUGCCCGGGGAAUUAUGAAAAAUUUGUUGAGUGCCGGUGGACCGAACGGUGAUGCGAUAAUUGAUAAAGAACGUUAUCGUCGUAGACGUAGUUCUUUGCAAACUAAAUUAGAUAGACGUCGUCGUAAAAAUGUCGAAGUUGCAUUUCCGAUACCCGAUCAAAGUUUGGGUUCACAAAGCGAUUUAACCAAUGAUGGUAGCUCGGCAAUUGGUUCAUCAUCGGGUGAUAUAACAUGCGAUGAUGUUGAGCCCAAUCACUCGGCCUAUUAUCCGCGACAAAAACGUCAUUCAUGGUGGAAUAUAUUCAUACCAGAUAACAUGAAAAACAGAUCACGUAGGGCUAGUCAAGAUGUUACUUUAAUGUCAGGCAGUUUUGAUAGUUUAUCGGCACCCGUGCGCAGGAGUAAAUCGCGUAGCGUUGAUCAUGGCCUUGCGUCACCGUUCGAUCUGGAUUCGUUACGUUCUAAAGUGGAAGGACGUUUUGAAAGUGUUGACAGAUUAUCAAAUGAGCGCAAAAAGACGUCUCUACCGACUAUACCUACUAUAAAUUACACGGUAGGCAAUCGCGACACUUUAACUUCGGUGGCUGCUCGAUUCGAUACCACUCCAUCUGAAUUAACACAUUUAAAUCGUUUGAAUAGUUCGUUUAUUUAUCCGGGUCAACAAUUACUGGUACCCGAUAAGAGUGCUAAAGAUAAUGUUUCAACAAGUUCCGGUGGUACGGACGAAAAAACUGCUGGUCUUAGUGCUUCGGGCAAAUCUAGUCCAGUCGAGCCCAAAUUGUCCAUCGAUGAGCAAAAUGAUGAUAGCGAUAUAUUGGAGAGUCUGCGUCCUGGUUCCCCAAAGCCUGGCCGCAUAGAAAGGAUUGACGUUAGCGACCGCAGUGAUAUGAAUAAGGCGGAUGAUCCUAUAAUUACUCAGCGCUUUCUCAAAAUCAAUGUACGUCAUAUAACUGAUGGUCAGGGAGUCGUGGGCGGCGUUCUUUUAGUUACGCCGAACGCGGUAAUGUUUGAUCCUAAUGUCUCGGACCCACUGGUUAUUGAACAUGGUCCAGAGAGCUAUGGCGUAAUCGCUCCCAUGGAAUUGUGUGUUAAUGCGGCCAUAUUUCAUGAUAUUGCCCACAUGCGCGUAUCUGGUGGAGCGGUUAUUAGUGCAGAUAACACAAACACAACUGAGAAACCAGAAAUUUAUUAUCCAAAAGCAGUAUUAGAAGCUCAGAUAGUCGGCGCAGAUAACGAAAAGAGUCAGACACAAAUAGAGGAAAGUAAAGACGAUGAAAGUGCGGAAGCUAAGGCCCAAACAGAAGCAGCAACUAAAGUGCAGGAUGUAGAAAGCGAGACUGAACAGGAUCAUGGAAAAUCUGUCGAAGCCAAAGAUAGUACGAAGACUGAGAUCGGUGCUGAAUCUUCAGGCGUUGACGCCAGCAACGAGCAAGAAAGGAAAGUACAGCAAAUUACCGAUACACGUACAACGCUAGAGGAGAGACGUAAAAGCCUUCUGGAUCAUCAUUGGGCUAUACCAAGUAAAGACAGAUUAAAUUUAUCUAAUUCCCGAAGAUCAUCGGAAGAUGAAGGCGAUAACGAAUCCAAUGCUACGGCCGAUAGUGGAGCAAGAGGCCAAGAUGGCCAUUCAGCCACCUCCUCAAUGAGCGGUGCUAUUGGUAAUCUAAGCGGCGCUGGUCUAGCAUCAAUGGAUCUGGAACAACUAGAACAGCUAACGAAACAAUCAUGUUACGAUUCUGGCAUCGAUAUACGCGAGCCGAUACCAAAUGUACAACCGAUACCAAAGAAAACCGUUUACAGUGAUGCUGAUAUUGUAUUGAGCUCUGAUUGGGUGCCACCGAAACCUAUAUCAACCACACCACUUAGUGAAUCGCCCCCGCGUUCUAGUGGUAUGCCGACUUGUCAAAGCCUAGAUGCAGGUACCGGUGGAACACGUAAAAAGACCUCAAGUGUCAGUUUCAGCGUAGACGAUAAUAGUGAAGGUCAGUUAACCAAUGUCAUGCCAGUUGACAAAAAUGCUGAUAAGAAAAAUAAGAUGUUAAAACGUCUGUCGUAUCCUUUAACCUGGGUCGAAGGUUUGACCGGUGAUGCAACUUCUAGUGCGGUCGCUGGUGUUAGCAAAUCAAUCGAUACUGAUUCAGCCCCUAAUACCGGCGAUUCGAAUCAGAGUGUGUUUUCAAAGGUGUUUUCAAGUUCACCCAUUACUUUGGUAUCAGAGUUGGGUGGGAAUUUGUUUUCGAAAACACCGUCCGAAGACUCUAGUGGUUCUCCGGUGCCUCCCUUAACACCGCAUUCCACUCAUUCUGAGGGUCAUAUUCCCACUGGACGUUCCUCAAUUGGUACCUUCAUGCGUCCCACAUCUUCGGAAGGUAGUUCGUCAGCAAUUAAAACAAAAGAAGUUAAAGUUCAACCGAAAUUAGAUUAUCGUUCAAUGGUUUCUGUGGACGACAAGCCAGAAUUGUUUGUUAGUGUUGACAAACUUAUACCUCGACCAGCCCGUGCUUGUCCUGAUCCACCGUUGUAUCUACGCUUACGUAUGGGUAAGCCGACCGGCAAAACUAUACCAUUACCCACCUCGGUCAUGUCGUAUGGCAAAAAUAAAUUGAGACCUGAAUACUGGUUUAGUGUACCUAAAAAUCGUGUUGACGAAUUAUAUCGUUUUAUGAAUACCUGGGUGCCUCAUCUAUAUGGUGAAUUAGAUGAAGAACAAAUCAAGAAUCGAGGUUUUGAAUUAAUACAAGACGAUACGGAAUGGACUCAGAGUGGUACCAAAAAAUCAGGUUCACGCUCUAAUAGUCAAGAGGGCGAAGAGAUCAGCGAUUUAACACGCGAAUCUUGGGAGCUUCUUAAGGCUCCGUUUGCUAAGACCUACAGCAUUAUCAAAACGGCAUCGCAUGCCGCAUCGCAUGAAAUGGAUUUAUUGGGCGGCGAGGUGUUGUCUAUGAGCAAUGAUGACUACCGCAAAGCGUCCAUAUUCCAAACGGGAUCGUUCGAUUUAGACUUUCCGAUACCUGAGCUAAUUGGUACCACCGAAAUUUUAACCGAAGAGCAUCGCGAAAAACUCUGCAGUCAUUUACCUGCUCGAGCAGAAGGCUAUUCCUGGUCUUUGGUAUUUAGUACAUCUUUACAUGGAUUCUCGUUGAAUUCAUUAUAUCGUAAAAUGCAACGUCUCGAGAGUCCCAUACUGAUUGUUAUUGAAGAUACAGAUCACAAUGUUUUUGGCGCUUUAACUUCUUGUUCCCUGCACGUAUCGGAUCAUUUUUAUGGUAACGGUGAAUCGUUGUUAUAUAAAUUUAAUCCCAGCUUUAAAGUAUUUCAUUGGACUGGGGAAAAUCUUUAUUUUAUUAAAGGCAAUGUUGAAAGUCUCUUAGUUGGUGCUGGAAACGGCCGAUUUGGUUUAUGGUUAGAUGGUGAUUUAAAUCAGGGUCGCUCGCAAUCGUGCAGCACGUACGGCAAUGAGCCUUUGGCGCCACAAGAAGACUUUGUUAUUAAAACUCUCGAAUGCUGGGCAUUUGUUUAAAAGAUUUUCUUAUGACCACACCCACACAGACACACACACAAACAC